CGACCCUGGAUAGCCGUCUGCAGAAUUGGAGUAUCUACCCCUAGAGAUACUGAAUCAAUACCAGGAGGCGAUAAGGAGACAUUUGUCUACUUGAUGUUACAGUUAAAGUUCAUCACGAGUUAUCCGUUCAUUGGAAUCUGUAGCUUUAGUGCCGUCGAAACAUCCGGUCAGUCAAUACCCUACGGAUUAUCGGACGGUUCUCUUUCUCCCCUUUCCGCUCUCAGAGAAUAUGAUUCAAGAUCCCAACCCCUUACCUCUUCUUCUUCUUCUUUUCCUCCCGCUGUCUUUCCCACAACUCAAAAUCCUCCUUCUUCUCCGUUUUCCCCGAAUUCCAUCACCUCCCCACACCAUAGCACCAACUCGUCCUCUGUUCCUUUCUGCCAUACCCAUCCCAUAGGCUUAAAACUCCCACACACCACCAAUCAAUCCAACACAGCCUGUACCACACUAGUCUAGAGCCUUGAUCAAUAUCUCCUGCGACUCCGGCGUUGAGUCUGGCCAGUAACCGGGCGUCUUUCCAAAAAGUCCGGAUCAGAGAGACGGGGUCUAUCAAUCUCGACCUACUUGCAAAGCAUCCGCUCCCACAUAUCCGUAGUGUACCUUCCGCGGUGCUGGUGGCGGACAACACCGUUCAUCCUCUUAACUACCCAGUUUCGAGACCCUUGAAGCGACUUCGGCAAGCCAUUUCAUGUCACGUUCAUGUGCGACAGCCUUACCUUUGAAUUGGACGUCGAUUUUAUGGUACAUUGAUUUUCCAUGUUUAUACCCAGGGCUUGGGCGGCUGAGGCUAUGGUUUUGUUCGUGAGUUUGGUGGGAUGCUUGAUGAGACACUUUGAAGGGGGUGGCGAUGCUUGCAGAAGCCGGUCGAGAGGGUCGUUAGGGUUGGCGGCGCAUGUACGCUUCCAGUGGUAAUGGUAGCUGUGGUAUUUGUAUUGGGAGCAGAUGAGGAAGGGCUGGAUGCGGCUUCGGAGGGGAAGAGUUGCUUUCGUUUGCUCCUGCUGUUUUUUUUCUGAGGGUUGCCGCUGGGGCGGUUAUUGGAAAGAUGGAUGAAGCUGUUUAAAUCGGGGUGGUAGUGGUAAGAGCAGCAACAGGCUCGUGUUGGCAGAGUAUCGUCGUGACCUUCUUUAGCCCCCCUCUCUUCUUGAGAAGCUCCAGAUUCCACCGCCAGCGUUCCUGUUAUCUCCUUCUAGAGUCUUCCCUCUUCUCUAAAUUCAGCUUCAGCUAGCCAAUUGCCUCUUAACGGACCUCUAA